AUGACACCAGCAGUUUUGAUAAUUUUAGUUAUUUAUUUUAUUAAUUUAUGUACGUCAUGGCUACAUUUAAAUACUAUUUCGUCGAUAUAUGUAAAACGCGUCGUAACUGAAAGUUCAAUUUUGAAGAAGACCUGUUUAUUAAUACCAGAGACUGGCCCUUGUCGCGCUGGUAUCCGAAUGUACUAUUUCGAUCCAGCCAAAAAAAACUGCUCCCAGUUCCUUUGGGGAGGUUGUCAAGGAAACGGUAAUAGAUACAAAACUUUGCAAGAGUGUACCGACACCUGUCUGAGUAAAGAGAAUUGGAAAGCUGGACGACCCCGCUGGUGCCACCUGUCGUUUGACUAUGGCUUCUGUUUCGGAGGAAUACGCAGAUACUACUACGAUAGGCUGUACAAAGUUUGCAAAGAAACUGUCUAUUCUGGUUGCGGUGGGAAUAAAAAUAAUUUUUAUUCUUUAGAACAGUGUAAUCAAGUAUGUACUUUGGGUAAUAAACCACUUUCUGGAAAUGCAACGAAGAAACGGACCGGACUGAAAAAAGUACUUAUUAUUAAUCCGUCGAGUACGAUAACUAAGAAAACGCCUGCUACGGGAAAAAGUUCAUGGAUCGAAACUGAUACUACUCCAAAAAUUGACACCACUCAAAAAAUUGAGACCACUCCAAAAAUUGGCACUACAAAACCAACCGAUAAAGGAACUCCAGUACCGGGACCUCGACCAACAAAAAAACACCAUAAAGCUCACUAGAAGUUGUUUUUACGUGAUUAAUUAGCUAUUACUUUUUUUUAUUACAAUAUAAGUGACUGAACGAACACGUUGUGCACCUGAUGGUAAGCUACAUGCCCGUCCAUAACAGUUGCAGUGCCACUCAGAGCUUUUAA